AUGGUGCAAGUAAUCAUUGGCGCAGUCAUUACAGCACUGGGACCCUCAGCUGCCGACCACAUGGUGGCAAUAACAGUCCUUGGAGCUAUCAAUACAUCGUGCGCUGGACUUUUGGCCCUUUUAAAGGGAAGAGGGCUACCACAGCGACUUAGGGGAAGCAUGAUUGAAAUUUCCAAGGUUCUGGACUUCAUUCAACAUACCUCAGUCUUGUUGAAAUAUGAUAAAAGCUGCGUCCCCGAGAACGGAAUUGGUCCUCUACUGGAGGAGGCCUUUCAGAGAUAUGCUUCAGCCGAGCAACUGAUUGAGAGCAACCAACCGGAUACGUUUGCUUCUGGGAUCAAACUUCCAGUCAAUAGUAGCGCGACGGAUGCGGAAGAUGGUCAAGGCCAAGGACCAGCCACUUACAAGGCGAAUGGAAAGGGGCCUCAAAUGGAUGAAGAAAUGGGAUUUUUGGGCAGGAGUUGA